ACUACUGGCAUCUGCUGCUACUCCUUGCUACUAGCUUAACAUGUGGUCAGUUUGGCUCUCCGUAGCUAGCUUACUUAUAGUGAUUGCCACACAUUGGCUUUAUAGGUGGAGGAACCCUAAAUGCAAUGGAAAAUUACCUCCUGGCUCUAUGGGCUUUCCACUUAUUGGGGAGACCCUUGGUCUUCUUGCGUCAAGCAAGUCCAUAGACACACCACCUUUUAUCAAGAAUAGGAUGAAGAAAUAUGGCCCAAUAUUUCGAACAAGCUUGGCAGGACGGCCAGUUGUGGUAUCAUCUGAUCCAGAAUUCAAUUAUUAUGUUUUUCAACAAGAAGGAAAAUUGGUUGAAAGAUGGUAUAUGGACUCCUUUGCAAAAAUUCUCCACCAAGAUGCAGCAAGAAUUAAUGCUCAUAAAAAUGUUCAUAAGUACCUUCGGAAUGUAAUCUUGGGUCAUUUUGGUCCUGAGGCCCUCAAGGACAAGAUGCUGCCACAGUUCGAGGAUGCAAUAAAUAAAAGGUUACAUGGUUGGUCUAAACUCCCCAGUUUGGAAGUGAAAAGCAGCACAUCAGCGAUGAUCUUUGAUUUUACAGCAAAGCAAUUGUUCAGUUUUCAGGCAGACAAAUCAAAGGAAGAUAUUUGUGAAUCUUUUACUAACUUCUUGCAGGGACUUAUGUCAUUCCCUAUUAAUAUCCCCGGUACUGCUUAUCAUAGGUGUCUACAGAACCAGAAGAAAGCAAUAAGCAUAAUAACUAGCGAACUAGAAGAGAGAAAGAGUAAUCCAGAAAUUCGCAAAGGAGAUUUUCUAGAUCAGAUUCUGGCUGACAUGAAAACAGAGACGUUCUUGACAGAUAAAUUCGUCAUCUACAUGAUGUUUGGGCUUCUCUUUGCUAGCUUUGAGACCAUAUCGUCAACUCUUACUUUAGCCAUUAUGUUAAUUAAUGAAAACCCAAAAGUGAUACAAGAAUUAACGGAGGAGCAUGAAGCAAUUCUUAAGAACAGAGAAGAUGUCAAUUCUGGGCUUACAUGGAAGGAAUACAAAUCCAUGACUUUUACUCAUAAUGUUAUCAAUGAAUCGCUUAGACUUGCUAGUGUUGCUCCAGGGAUUUUGAGAAGAACCCUCCAAGACAUUCAAGUAAAUGGGUAUACAAUUCCAAAAGGUUGGGCGCUUAUGGUAGUUCCAGCCGCCCUUCAACUAAACCCAAGCACUUAUGAGGAUCCUCUAACCUUCAAUCCAUGGAGAUGGCAGAACAUCUCAGCAAAUGUGUCAGCAAAGAAUUUCAUACCAUUUGGGGCAGGCAUGACAUCAUGUGCAGGAGCCGAGUUCAGCAAAGUUCUAAUGGGCGUUUUCUUUCAUAUCUUGGUCACCAAAUACAGGAUGACUACAAUCAAAGAAGGAGAGGUGAUUCGAUCCCCUGCUUUAGGAUUUGGAGAUGGUUUUCAUAUUCAGUUUUCAGCAAAGCUUGGAUGAUUUACAGAGCUUAAUACCGGAUCUCGACAUUUACUAUAGAAUAAUAAAAACAGAUCCCUAAUCAAAAAAAUCAUCGUUUCCAUGUAGUAUUAAAUGUUAAUAAAGUUGACUAUGUUGGUCACACUUUGUCUUUAGCUAUGAAUAUAAACGUUUUAGUUACUGCUGCAUGGCUGUAGCUACGUUAUAUUACAACCAGGGACCAAAUGUUUGUGUUUUCUGGUUUUCUAUUAUUGCUUUAUGAAAUAAUGAAAGUUAUUGUGACUUUCACUUAUAUUAAAUAAAAAGAAUUGCGUUUA